ACCACGUGAAAAUUGUUUGACAAUUGACAGCAGCAGCUGUCACAUGAAUUUAUUUGGCCCUUGCAAGUUUCUUUUUAUCAAAAUAUUUUUCUUAAAGGUUUUUGAUUUUUAAAAAAUCUUUUUAAAAUGAGAAACAAUUCCUCACAUAAUGGAAAUAGAAAUGGUUCGACGAUAAAAAAGUUCCGGGAUACGGGCCCGGGUGGUGGUCGUGAUGAUGACAGACGCGGUAAUUUUGGUGGCGGUGGACGCAGUGGAAAAGGUUAUGGUGGCGGCGGUGGUCGUAGAGGACGUGGAUUUGGCGGCGGUGGUGGAGUUAGAGAAGGAGGCGGUGGUGGAAGAGGAGGAGGAAUCGGUGGCGGUCACUUCGGAGGUAAUCAUGAACGACGUCAAAGUACCUAUCACAAUGACCAGGGCGGUCCAAACAAUAGUUUCAACGACAACUUCAGAAAUAACCACCAAACAUUUCCCGAAGACCAAGGUUUUAAUGAGUUCAAGGAUAUGAAUAAAGUUUCUUUUGCCUACGAAACGCCGAAAACCACCGCCGAAUCUGAAGUUUCAAAAUCCCCACUCACGGGAUCUAAGCCACCUCCUUCCUUCUUAGAACAAACAUCCAUUUCUAAGGAACCCCAAAUUCAAAUAAAACCCGUGGAGCAAUUAAUGCAAAAUAAAGAUCAAUCUAAAACUCCUCCAGUUAGUGCAGAUAAAACAACUGAAAAGUCUUUGAAAUCAAUAAAAAAAGAAAAACAAGAUGCACCAAAAGUCGACCCGAAGAAAGUCGAUAAAAAAACAAAACCUGCCUCCGCGUCGUCAUCGUCCUCUUCGUCGUCGUCAAGUUCUUCUGAAGAAUCUAGUUCGAGUGAAGAAGAACCUAAAAUGCCUAAACCCAUUAAAUCCUCCAUAAAGCCGAAGAAGGAACGAGCUGAAGAUGAGGUGAUUUGCCUUGGGAAGCAAAGUAACUUUGAAGAUCUAGUCGGCGAUGAUGAUUCCGCAGGUGAGAAUCAAUGUCUCGUGUGCAAGUCUGAGGAGCACUCAGUUGAUAAGUGUCAAAUGAAGUGCAUCAAAUGCACCCAUUCCUCGUACUCAACUCACGUGAUCUGCAACAAUUGCGGUGAGACGUAUCCCCCAAAGGUCAAGUCUCCAAACGCACCUAAUCCUUUUUUGAUGUUCAUGCAAUUUAUGCAAUUUUGCAUGAGUCAAUAUACGGACAUCAGCAAUGAAAUUAACCAACCGUUUGCUGGUCCACUUCCAGUGCAAGGAUCAACUAAGGAUAUCGAAAUUACACGGCAAGAUAUUUCCGACACCAAACGCAAUCGCAAAAAGUCUAAAUCCGAAUCGAAACAAGGUAAAAGGAAGAAGAAAACCGAAGCGAGUUCUGAUUCGGAUUCUGAUUCAAGUUCAAAAGCAAAGGCAUCAGUUAAGAAGCGAAUCAAGGCAGAAGGUGGAAAGACAGCCGCAGCGCCAGCAGUAGUCCCGACGACACCGCAAUCGAAACAUUCUCGCAAGAAGAAGAAAGCCGAGAGUAGUAGUGACUCCGACUCUGAUUCGAGUUCCCAAGCAAAUACCACCGCAGUAAAAAAGCGCAAAAAGUCUGAGAGCACUCAACCAUCGACACCACAAGUGCAGCAAGCACAACUAUCUAAGCAAGUUCGUAAGAAGAAAAAGAAUGAUUCAGACUCAGAUUCUGAUUCGAGUACAAAAGCAACCACGUCAAUCAAAAAACGAAUCAAGACGGAAAGUGUAAAGCCAGCGACAACAGUAGUGCAGCCAACUCAGCCAUCAAAACAAAUUCGUAAGAAGAAAAAGUCAGAAAGUAGCACCGACACAGAUUCAGAUUCAGACUCCGAUUCAAAAUCGAAAGCAACUCCGUCGAUUAAGAAACGCAAAAACACAGAAACAAAUGCUCUACCCACAAAUCCAGGAGUGCAAUCACAACAGCCCGCUUUCCCCAAUUUCACACCAUCUUUCCCCAAUAAUGUUCCGUUUGGUGGUGGAUUCAGCAAUCCCGGAUACAACCCAAUGCUUGCUUUUACCCAGAUGAUGGGUUACAAUCCGGCGAACAUGAAUUUCCCACGAUAAACUUUUUACUAAUUUAAGAUAACAAAACCGUCAGAAAAUUCUUCUCGGAGUUGAUGUUUAUUUCAAGUUAUAAGUAGCCCUUGGAGUCGUGAGAAUACAAAAUUGACGCAUGUAUUUAUUUUUCUCGGUUCCCAUCGUAACUUGUUUGAACCUCUACAUCCACUCUCGAAAUUUUCUAUCGCGUUUAGAGAUCAGUUUUUCAAAGUACGAGAUUGUUCAAGUUUAAAUGUUAAAUCAUUUUCUCGCACUGAAUGACUGUUUUUUAAACCUUUUUUUUUGUAAUACAUAAUUAUAAAUAAGAUACUAAUUUGACUGUAAAUAAAAAGAAAAAUUAACCCACUUAUGGUUGAUUUAUAGUUAAGUAAAACAAAAACCAAUUUGCUUCUUAUUUCAACUGGGAAAAUAUUAAUUUUCAGCCUAUAGUACAAUGAAUUGUUUUUGUUUUAAAUUGGUAAACUUUAACUAAAGCUAUUUAAGUGAACGAAUUUUUCAUAAAUUAAUUAUAUUGUUUUUGUAUUCUAUUUUAUGUUGUUAUUAAUAUUUAAAUAAAAAACCUUUUUUUUUGGUAUGCAUGAAAAUAAAAAAACAUAUUUCCAAAUUUAUGUGGGAUAUAUACAUAAAUGUCACAUAGAUUGUUGUCCAGCUCCCAAACUCAGGGAUACCCCAUGAAAUAUUUCAUAUCAAUAAUUUUUAUAAAAUAAUUUUUGUUCAGCCUUGGAAAAUAAAAAGAGUAACCUGUUUCCUUUAAACCA